AUGAUUGGAGUCGAUGAAUAUCCAGGAAAGUUCAAGAAGUCCCGUUCAGGAAAAGAUACGUUGGUAUCAAGAUGGCAGCGACCAGUUAGUCUAAGAUCGUACAAAAAAAUCCACCAUGUGUUAUAUCUGCUGGUUCGCCAAUCUGUGGUAUCUGCUGCUGACCCGCUCCAGUGCCCAGUGCCUGAAAAAAGACUCACAGAAGAGAACACAACAGCUACAUUCCGAACAAGCGACAACCCUAUGAGUAGUGUAUUACGUUUAUACAUGUAUCGCGAUAUCUUGAAAAUCGUAGCAAAUGAAACACCAUGCGGCCUGGUACAGCGCAUUCAGUUGCCUGGAAACAUCACAGGCGAGAGAUUCAGCUGGUUUCCGGACGACUGUCUCGAAAAACCAAAUUAG